CAUGUACGGCAUUGUUUAUUUGUGGAUGUGGAUGCUCAUUGUUUGGAACCGAAUCGUGCUAAGAAGUUAAGCGAGAUUCCUAGGUUGCUCCUUCCCUUUCCCAACCCACCACUAGCGCGGGGCUGCAAUACUUCUUUCCCACUACCUUUUUCCAAUCUCGCACUCUGACUUGAAUUCAUCACCUCAUUCACGUCGUCGUCCCUUCAACCUCGACACUCUCUCCUCCUCAAACGAGAUUCUCUCUCACGGUCCUGGAAGCUUGCUCCAACACCGAACGCGUCUCUUUGUCCUGACCUCGAUUCCUAUCCCUCCCAAUCUUUUCCACAGUUCUUGUACUAGAUUGAGCAUCAAAAUAUCCUGUUCCCUGGAGCUUAGAGCUCUCUAACCGCGCAACAUGGCGGACACAAACGGUGCAACAGGUACGCACAACAACAUCAAUUCGUCCGACAACCCAAAUCACUUGAACACCACUAUCGAGUCCGGCACCUUCGACGAGAAGACCAACCAUUCUGACGACCCUACACCUGCAAAGAAGCCAAAUGAGGAUGAAGAGGAGGAUGAGGAUAUGGAUGCUCUGAUCGACGAGCUCGAAUCACAAGACGGUCAUGCCGAGGACGACGAGGAAGAGAACCAGGCCAGCGCUGCUACUGGACGUGUCGUUUCUGAGGACCAACUCCAAACCGACCCUAGUAUUGGUCUUACAGAGGCUGAGGUUCAGCACCGCCGCAAGAAAUAUGGCAUGAACCAGAUGAAGGAGGAAAAGGAGAACUUGAUCCUCAAGUUUCUCGGAUACUUCGUCGGCCCUAUUCAAUUCGUCAUGGAGGUAUGUUGAGAGUUCAUUUCUGAAUUUCCGAUUGUGAUGCCUUUCCUGUGUUGUCUGUUGGUCGCCGGGGCAUUUCUCCUCAUAUCUUACCCCACACGCCGCACACCUGCCUGUUUUGCGAGGUGCAGAGUAGCUUUCUUUGGCGUGUACCGUGCUAACAACAUUAUGUAUGAUAGGCUGCUGCUGUACUCGCUGCAGGUCUCGAAGACUGGGUCGAUUUUGGAGUCAUCUGUGCCCUGCUUCUCCUCAAUGCCUCAGUUGGAUUCAUCCAGGAAUUCCAAGCUGGUUCAAUUGUCGACGAACUGAAGAAGACCCUCGCUUUAAAGGCUGUUGUUCUGCGUGAUGGCCGUCUCUUCGAAAUUGAGGCUCCAGAAGUCGUCCCUGGUGACAUACUCCAAAUUGAAGAAGUAAGCCGACCUCUUAUCCAUGGGGCAACUUGAUACUGACAGAACUUCCAAUAGGGCACCAUUAUCCCUGCAGAUGGCCGUAUCGUUACACAAGACGCUUUCCUCCAAGUUGACCAAUCUGCCAUUACUGGUGAAUCUCUUGCAGUCGAUAAGCACAUGAAUGAUCAAUGCUACGCUAGCUCUGGCGUCAAGCGUGGUGAGGCCUUCAUGGUGAUCACUGCCACUGGUGACAAUACUUUCGUCGGUCGUGCUGCUGCUCUAGUCGGUCAAGCUUCUGGUGCAACUGGCCACUUUACUGAGGUCUUGAAUGGUAUCGGUACGGUUCUCUUAAUCCUUGUCAUUUUCACCAACUUGAUCGUUUGGAUUUCAUCCUUCUAUCGAUCCAACCCUAUUGUCCUCAUUCUUGAGUACACUCUCGCAAUCACGAUCAUCGGUGUCCCAGUUGGUCUUCCAGCUGUUGUUACAACUACCAUGGCCGUUGGUGCUGCUUACCUGGCGAAGAAGAAGGCUAUUGUACAAAAGCUCUCUGCUAUCGAAUCCUUGGCUGGUGUGGAGAUCCUCUGCUCUGACAAGACCGGCACAUUGACGAAGAAUAAGCUGUCUCUUGCCGAGCCAUUCACAGUUUCUGGUGUCGAGCCUGAUGAUCUCAUGCUUACUGCUUGUCUUGCUGCCUCUCGCAAGAAGAAGGGAAUCGAUGCCAUCGACAAGGCUUUCUUGAAGGCUCUUCGUUACUAUCCCCGCGCCAAGUCUGUUCUAUCCAAGUACAAGGUCAUUGAGUUCCAUCCAUUUGACCCCGUUUCCAAGAAGGUCACGGCAGUUGUCGAGUCUCCCCAAGGCGAGAGAAUUAUCUGCGUCAAAGGUGCACCACUUUUCGUGCUCAAGACGGUCGAGGAAGACCAUCCCAUUCCAGCGGAAAUUGACCAAGCCUACAAGAACAAGGUCGCUGAAUUUGCUACUCGUGGUUUUCGCUCUUUGGGAGUUGCACGCAAGCGUGGUCAGGGCUCCUGGGAAAUCCUUGGAAUUAUGCCUUGCUCUGAUCCUCCUCGCCACGACACAGCCCGCACUAUCAAUGAAGCCAAAACCCUUGGUCUCUCAAUCAAGAUGUUGACUGGAGAUGCUGUCGGUAUUGCUCGUGAAACUUCCCGUCAACUCGGUCUUGGAACAAACAUUUACAAUGCAGAGCGUCUCGGUCUCGGCGGUGGUGGAGAUAUGCCGGGCUCUGAGGUCUACGACUUCGUUGAGGCUGCUGAUGGAUUUGCUGAAGUCUUCCCUCAACACAAGUACAAUGUGGUCGAGAUUCUCCAACAGCGUGGUUACCUCGUUGCUAUGACCGGCGACGGUGUCAAUGAUGCACCAUCUCUGAAGAAGGCUGAUACAGGAAUUGCCGUCGAAGGUGCUUCCGAUGCUGCUCGCUCAGCUGCCGACAUCGUCUUCUUGGCUCCAGGUCUCGGUGCUAUCAUUGAUGCUCUCAAGACCUCCCGACAAAUCUUUCACCGCAUGUACGCUUACGUUGUGUACCGUAUCGCCUUGUCCAUCCACCUGGAAAUUUUCCUCGGUCUCUGGAUUGCCAUUUUGAACAGAUCUCUCAAUAUCGAGUUGAUUGUCUUCAUUGCCAUCUUCGCUGAUGUCGCAACCUUGGCGAUUGCAUACGAUAAUGCCCCAUUCUCGAAGGUUCCAGUCAAAUGGAACUUGCCUAAGCUAUGGGGUAUGUCGGUACUGCUCGGUGUCGUUCUUGCUGUUGGCACCUGGAUCACUCUCACUACCAUGAUUGCGCGCGGAGAGAAUGGAGGCAUUGUUCAGAAUUUCGGCAAUCUCGAUGCAGUUGUCUUCCUUGAGAUCUCCCUCACUGAGAAUUGGCUGAUCUUCAUCACUCGUGCCAAUGGUCCUUUCUGGUCAUCGCUCCCUUCAUGGCAAUUGGCAGGUGCCAUCUUUUUAGUUGACAUCCUUGCUACGUUGUUCACGCUCUUCGGCUGGUUCCUUGACAGUAAUACUUCCAUCGUAGCCGUUGUCCGUGUUUGGGUAUUUUCUUUCGGCGUCUUCUGCAUCCUGGGAGGCGUUUAUUAUCUCCUCCAAGAUAGCACUGGCUUCGACAGCCUCAUGCACGGAAAGUCUCCAAAGAAAACCCCCAAGCAGCGCUCACUUGAGGAUUUCGGUAAGUUCUUCUCAUUCCUCUUCCUUCACUCGUAGCUGACUGUUUAAUAGUCGUCUCACUUCAACGUGUAUCGACGCAACACGCGCAACAUGAGAAGUCCGCCUAGAUAUGGACAAAUCACGAGCUGACGCAUAGCGAAUUUGAUGGUUGGUGUCUGGUAAAUGGUGUUUCUUCAAUUUUUGUGGUUUGCACACCCUUUCCAGUUCUUGCACUGUGCAGCCUUGGACGGGGCGUCUGGUUUGUGUGACGCUUUUACUACUCCUACUCCCUAUGAAUGCCUUUGUACUCUUCACUCUAAGGAUGAAAGAGGUAGCUGAAGUGUAUUACUUGGGGAGGAGUAAGAAGCGGUGGCGGUCAUUUUUGUUGUCCGCUUGCAUCAUACCCGAACUUGCAUGUUUCCCUCCCAAAAGUAGAUAGAAAAUCCAACUCAAGUUAAUAAAAUGAUAAUGUGCUUCGCGGAUGUAAUGUGAGGCGGACUGUUGUGGGGGCGACGAAUGAGAAAGUGAAGAGAAUCUGGAUGAAGUGGAGAUGCAG